UUCCAUGAAAAUGAAUCAUACAUUUGAGUUCAGAAAUAACAGCAUUUAAAAGAUAUUUUAAUAGAAUGAUCCCGGGGAUGAGUGGGUCGACAUAUGAUAGCGUUUGAUGGCAUUGGGCCUGUACUCGCUGCAGUUUAGAAGGAUGAGGGGGUAUAUCACUGAAACUUAACGGAUAGUGAAAGACCUUGAUAGUGUGGAUGUGGAGAGGAUGUUUUCACGAGUGGGAGAGUCUAGGAUCAGAGUGCGGGUGUCAGGGGUUAUGGGGAGAAGGCAGGAGACCGGGCUUGAGAGGGAAAGAUAGUUCGGCCAAGAUUGAAUGGCGGAGUAGACUCGAUGGGCUGAAUGGCCUAAUUCUGCUCCUAUGACAUAUGAACAUGAACUAUCUUUCCUCUGCCCUCUGAGUUCUGAUGCGGGUCUUGUCCAGCAUGUCUUUGCCUCCACAAACGCUGCUCGAACUGCUGAGAUCCUCCAACAAGUUAUGUAUUUCUUGCUACAGAUUCCAGUAUCUGCAGUCUCUUGUGUCUCAAUAACAACCUGCUCUUCAGCGAAGACAUGGACAGGAGAGUCCCUGGGAUUCACUCCCUCAUCGGGAUACUUUGGCUGCUGUUGAGCGACUCUGGAGGUGGCUCGGAAAACAUUGCUGCUGGAGGUCUGGGACAGACUGCUGGGAAACCAGGCACUCGUCGCUUGGUGAAUGGGACACUGGGACAGUCAGUCACGUUACCAGGAUGUAUCUCAGGAGAAAACAUUUCAAUCCUCACUUGGGAUUACCGCAGUUCACCAACAACAGGAAAGGUUCAAUUAUGUACAAAAACUCAAAACAGUCCAAUACAAUGUAACAAACAGGGAAUCAGGUUAAACCUGAAGGACUGUAGUCUGGAAAUACAGAACCUAACAGAACACGAUCAAGGUCUAUAUGAAAUGAACUUAAGGACGACUCUGGCUGUCCAUGAACAAGUGACAGAACUGAAGAUUUAUGAACGAGUGUCAUUACCAGUAAUAAAUAUCAGUGAAGCCUUCACCGAAGGGGUGUGUAACGUUAGCUUGGUGUGUUCACUGGAGCACGGCACCGAGCCAGUCUACACUUGGUGGUCAGGAGAUGGCAAGGUCACGGCAGAUGGGUCGCACAUACUGACUGAUGAAGGGAGAAGGCUGGCACUCUCCAUACCUCUACCCAACAACAACAGCGUGUACAACUGCACCGUGGGGAACCCUGUUAGUGAGGAGACGCGGAGCGUGGAUCUAACACAGCUCUGUCCUGCCCAUGAAGGUUCUAAGCCAUUAAGAGUCUCAAGCCGUGUACUUAUUACAGCCGCCACAAUCAUCUUCAUCUCAGCUAUAUUUUGCUACAUGUAUUACAAGAGGACAAGCUCAGCACAGGGAAAUGUCGUGGCGGUGACUGAUAAGGCAUAAUCAGAAAAGGACACAAAGUGCUGGAGUAAACACAGCGGGUCUGGCAGCAUCUCUGGAGAGCACGGAAAGGCGACACAGCCUCGAGUCACAGCUCCAUCCAAGACCGCAAGAAAUUGCUGCGAAUUGUGGACGCAGCCCAGACCCUCGCACAAACCAACCUCCCUUCCAUUGAUUCCAUCUACACCUCACGCUGCCUCGGCAAGGCCAGCAGCACAAUCAAAGAUGAGUUACACCCUGUCCACUCUCUCUUCACCCCUCUCCAACCAGGCAAAAGGUACAGAUGUGUGAAAACGCACACCUCCAGAUUCAGGGACAGUUUCUUCCCAGCUGUUAUCAGGCAACUGAAUCACCCUACCACAACCAGAGAGCAGUGCAGAACUACUAUCUACCUCAUUGGUGACCCUCGGUCUAUCCUUGAUCGGACUCUGCUGGUUUUACCUGGCGCUGAAUGUUAUUUCCUUGUCACUCGAUUGUAAUCAUGUAUUGUCUUUCCGCUGACUGGUUAGCACGCAACAACAGCUUUUCACUGUACCUCAGUUCAGAUGACAAUAAACAAAACUGUAAACCAAACUGUAUUGCACUGGGUCGAGACCUUUCUUGAGACUAAUUUAGUGGGGGUGUGGGGGAGAAUAAGGAUGGAAAAGGGGGGGAUGCACAACAAAGCAUGGCAGGUAAUAGUGAAACACAGGUGAGUGGGGAGCUUGAUAGGCAGGUAGAGUCAAAGAGACAUACAGCGUUGAAACAAGCCCUUCGGCCCAACUUGCCCACACCGCCCAACAUGCCCCAUCUACACUAGUCCGACCUGCCUGCAUUUGGCCCAUAUCCUUCCAAACCUGCCAUAUCCAUGUACCUGUCUAAUUGUUUCUUGAACGUUGCAAUGGUCCCUGCCUCAACGUUCAUGACUGGAAAUAUGUAUUUGAAGGAACUGCAGAUGCUGGUACAAACACACAUAGACACAAAAUGCUGGUGUAACUCAGCAGGACAGGCAACAUCUCUGGAGAGAAGGAAUUGGUGACGUUUCCAGUCGAGACACUUCCUCUACUGAAAAUAUCCUCUUUGCGUCCGUUUUUUCUCGACCUUCCAUUGUCUGGUAAGUUUCAAUGCAAUCCUGCCCUCAUCCUUCUAAACUCCAGCGAGUACAGGGUCUUCAAAUGCACCUCAAACAUUAACCCAAUCAUCCCGGGGGUCAUUCUCGUAAACCUCCUCUAGACCCUCUGUAAUGCCAGCACAUCCUGCACAUCCUUCCUCAGUUGUGAGACCCAGACCUGCACACAGUAUUGCAAAUGUGGCCUCACCAACACUAUAGAAGAUAAUGGAGCCAAUUAACAUACACACCUGUACAUCUUUUGAGUGCGGCAGGAAACCGGAGCACCCGGAGAAAACCCACAGGUUCAAAGGGAGAACGUGCAAACUUAGUAAACUUAGAGAACUGGCUGGCAGACAGGAAGCAAAGAGUUGGAGUAAACGGGUCCUUUUCACAAUGGCAGGCAGUGACUAGUGGGGUACCGCAAGGCUCAGUGCUGGGACCCCAGCUAUUUACAAUAUAUAUUAAUGAUUUGGACGAGGGAAUUGAAUGCAACAUCUCCAAGUUUGCGGAUGACACAAAGCUGGGGGGCAGUGUUAGCUGUGAGGAGGAUGCUAGGAGGCUGCAAGGUGACUUGGAUAGGCUGGGUGAUUGAGCAAAUGCAUGGCAGAUGCAGUAUAAUGUGGAUAAAUGUGAGGUUAUCCACUUUGGAGGCAAAAACAGGAAAGUAGACUAUUAUCUGAAUGGUGGCCGAUUAGGAAAAGGGGAGAUGCAACGAGACCUGGGUGUCAUGGUACACCAGUCAUUGAAAGUAGGCAUGCAGGUGCAGCAGGCAGUAAAGAAAGCGAAUGGUAUGUUAGCUUUCAUAGCAAAAGGAUUUGACUAUAGGAGCAGGGAGGUUCUACUGCAGUUGUACAGGGUCUUGGUGAGACCACACCUGGAGUAUUGCGUACAGUUUUGGUCUCCUAAUCUGAUGAAAGACAUUCUUGCCAUAGAGGGAGUACAGAGAAGGCUCACCAGACUGAUUCCUGGGAUGGCAG